CACUCACGUUAUUUGAAAUGUGGGCAGAAGAGUACACCAAAGACACGACAAAUUCUUGCAGACUAUUUAAGGAUGAGGAGACUCCGGCUUUCAAUCUACUGAUAAAACAGACUAUAUCCCAUGGUCUUUCCGGACUUGUAAAAAACCAAAUGCAGGAAUUUAACGUGCGUAGAGGCGCGAUUAUUCUACCCAUCGAUACCAAAAAUGAAGAUCCCGGAAUUUCUUCAAAGCCUAUUUACUUUAUCAAUAUUGGUAAGUCAGUCAAAAGUUUAAUUUUGUCCUACACUGAUAAACCUAUUUAUUUUUUGGGAACUCAAUAGACUUUUUACCUCAACAAAUCAAGGUCACCGCUUCCUAUAUGGAUGCUAAUAGACAAGUCAAACAGAGAAAAUAUAUUCAAUGUAACAUAAAAUCACUGGAUUGCUUUAUUUCUAAGCAAGGAAUAUAUCAAAAGCCAGUGCUUCGUAUAACUAAAAGAUUGAAGCUACUUUUAGACGAUUUGUUUGGUGACUAUCUCAAAUUGUGCUCGCCAGAGAAAAAACAAAGCAGAUCAAAGAAAGGACAGCUGAAAAAAAUUAAAGAAUAUUUUGUUUAUUCAUCACCCAAUCUAGUGGAACAAUUAGCAAAAAAUGUCAAAAUAGAACACCUUUUCGCAUGCGAUAUACCGGAUAACUCUGACGACAAUAUGGUAACUACCUGUGAUCCAGGCUACCUUUUCUUCUUCAUGAUAACAUACCUAUACAAUCUCAACAAGCAACUGGAAGUUGAAGUACGUAAUGAAUUUGGAAAUGAUUGGCAGGGCAAGAACAUCUGGUACGGUGUUUCUAUCGAUAAAUAUUGUUUGGAUGCCUUGAAUGGUUCAGAGGAAAAAAUGGAAGAACUUUUCUUUGCAAGUGGGAUACUUUGUAAAGACGAUGUUUUUCGAAGAGCGAAAUUCUCCACUAUUGGUGAAGAUAUCAUACCCGCUAUUGAAAAAAGACUGGGAGACUUGGACUUGAAGAUGAAAUCAUAUUUUGUUGUUGUACAAGUGUAUCCAAAACAUAUUCAGCUCAGUUUACAUCAAGUGGUCAAACUGGCUUCAGAUCACGAGGAUGCAGCCACGUAUAUUAUCCGUGAUAAAAUAGUACGUAUAGAGGAUGUAUAUGACUCCCUAUGUAAGGAAAUUGGGAAGAGCAUCCGGUGCAUCUGUCAGACUGGGUGUGGCACUACAAACGAAGCUAAAGUAAACGCAUACAAUGAUUUUGGACCAUUUCAAAACUUUGAAGACAUAAAAUCCCGGGUUGUCAAACUAUUCGAUGAUAACAAAGCAUGUUUGAAUAUGACAUCUGAAAUGUCCCUAAACAGCAACGACAAAUGUGCUUGUAAUAUCAGCACCCUUCUACGUAUCAUUAUUGAAGUAAAUCUAAAGUCAGUCAUAGAAGAUAUGGCAACAAUCAUAUCGGCUACAGUGACGAACAAAGAGAUAUUUGGAAAUUAUCAAGUAGAUAAAUUCUUUGUGACGGGAGAUCCAUUUAAUCUUUCUUUUGAAUCAUCGGUUUUUACCGCUUACACCCUGACAAUGCAAAAAGCGAUCAAUGAAGGAUUUUACUCAAGAGGAGUAGAUACACAGGCGUUGGUAUUGAAGGAAUCAGUUCGCAAGUUGCUAAAAUAUACUGAACGCAGUAAACCAUACAUGUACGAAAGAUUUGUCAUUGGAACGUUGCGCCAAGUAGCAAGUGAGACGUAUGGAUUGCGGUUUUCAAGUACGCAAAUACAGCGUUACCCCUUUUUCCGUACUGGCCGUAACGGUCAUAUUAGAGGUGUUUUUGAAAAUGAUUCUUCCUACUUGGUAUUCAUCCAAAAAGGAAAACCGGUACCAACAACAGGAUUAACGUUUUGUCCUAUGGUAAACAAUGUGAAUUUGGAAUCUACUUCAAUCCUUAAACUGACAAAUUCAGACAAAAAAAACCACGAGAAGUACACUCUUUUAGACAAACAAUCAGAAGGUUCAGUGUAUACAUUGAACAACGAAGUCGGAAAGGGUUCAAACUUCAGAUUUGUAGUUGAUUGCAAACGUGUUAACUACAAUUAUUCUCUCAAACUGUCGGUGAGAGCGUUCGGUGAUGAAAUUUACUUUAACGAGGGGUUCGAUAUUGACCAGAAGAUCGAAAAUUACCUUACUUAUCAAGAGACUGAAAAAGAUUACUUUACUUUAGGAGAGCCAUUGACACUUGCUUAUCUUUGAGCUUGAGUGAUAACUUGACCAUUUUGAUUAAAACAAUACCACUUGUAUUCCCCUUUUCUUUUUUUUUUUUUAGGCUUGACGCGUUGUUUUCAAUUGAAUUUUCUACAUAGCAAACCAUCGUUUUUGUACACCCUCUCAAGCUAAAAAUAUGCUUGGAAUUAUUAAAAAUAUUAUAUGGGAUCAUUGUAUUUUGAUUUUAAUUUUUUUUUUCAAAAGACCUAAAA